AUUUGAAAAAGCGGUGUUGUGUUAUUAGUUGUGCAUGUUACUGUAACAAUUUGGCAAGUCACAAGGUCUGAACAGUUUAGGAAGACAUGAUUCAAGUUGAUUUUUACGAAUUAUAGCAAGAUCGAUACCCAAGAAUCUUUCAAAAUAUUUACAAAUUUCAAUACUCAAUCCGAAUACUUUUAUUGGAGUCUUUAAAAAUGCCAUCAAUAAAGGAUCGGACCUGUUGUCUUACGUCUUCGGCUUUCCGAAGCCUGGAAUUCCCGCUGAUUAUUCUUGCCAGCGCCCUUCUCGUUUUACCAUCAAACGCGCAGCUGGGAAACGGAAUGCCGAUGUUACAACCAAGCCGAACAUUAUUCCCAAGUUUUGGUAGGCAAGAACCAGAUACAAUGUACAGAAGUCAUGAAACCGAACUUCUCCAAGCCGAUUGGUUACAAGAAAAAACUUGUCAUUUUGUUGCCACGACAGGGAAACUUUUUAACCAAUCAGUAACCCAGGAAUUAAAGUCAAUAUAUUCAAAAGAUAUAAUGGAUGGCGAUACUGUAAAGGUGUACGUACCGGACGAACAUAUUAGCGAUUGGAUUUACUUUACCGAAUCCAGCAAUUCACUUGUGGGCGUUCCGUUGUUACGUCAUACCGACCUUCUUCACAACGUCAUCAUCAGUUUGCAACGUCACGGUGACGUCAUAUACACCCUCCCAUGUGUGAUUGAGGUCACAAUAGGAAGUAGCGGAAAUAGAAAACAAAACGUCGAUUCGUCACUCGAAACAUCCGUUCUCCAGUGCGCCCCUAGCGAACCGAUUGUUACAAUCGCCGUGACGCUAGAUGUCAACCAGGAGCAACUGGAUCCUCACAAACGAGUUGAGUUGAUACAAAAGUUUGCAAAAUAUCUCAUCCCAUCUCUCAAUCCUUCGGCCAUUACGUUGAGUUUUCAAGACACAGGCAGACACCAUGCAUUUCUCUCAGGCCAUGGCAACGUAGCAGUUACCCCGCUUGUGACAGGCACAACACUUUCUUGGCCUAUUGCUUGUGGCUCGGACUCGGCCGAACUAUCUGGCCUUGAUGACAUUGAAGAAUCUUCACGUAACGGCAGUCUUGCUCACGUACUUGGUUAUGACGUUAUUCAGUGGCGAGCUGAAAACAGAAAGCCACUUGUAACUCUUCAUCCAACAAAUGAAAGAAGAUUUAAAAGACGAACUGAUCGUGAGAAGUAUCGAUCCCCAGUUCCACAAUAUCCCCCAGCAACAGCUCUAUAUCCUAAAAAUGCUCUUGAUCUUGCUCCGUAUGAUCAAGUGGCAGAUGAACCACAACCAAAAGAGAAUUACUGGGCUGCAGGUCUUCGUGGGCGGAAAAGAAUCCCUUUAUCAGAGAUCAAAGCAUCUCCUGUUAUUGGAUUUCCUCCUGCAACUAGACUACCCAACCCUGAUUCCUUGGCGCGAAAAUUUCCAGUUCCACCUAGCACCCCUGUUAUCAUACCCCCUUUAAAUUCCCCCCCUGAAAAAAAUGCUGGGGUUGAGGACUUGCGUGUUCAAGGGUCAACAUAUUUUGAGUAUGCUAUACCAAUCGAUGCAUUCAGUGAUCGAGAAAGUGGAGACACAAGGUCUUUGUCUCUUUCACUGAUAGAUCUUUUUUCAUAUGAUCCUCUGGAUGGUGGUGAAGACAGUGAUGGAACAAACACAUGGCUACUAAUGGAUCAACAAAGCCAAAUCAUAUAUGGAGUCCCACCUAGACCGACGCCUUCAGGAAAACCACCAUCUUUCAUUAUUGUGGCUGCGGACAAUGUGGGAAAAACAACGACAGACACUUUCGCAGUUCAUCUUGUAGCUCGACCAAGGCCAACCAACCACAGGUUUACGAUGGUAUUUUCGAACCACAAUACAGAAAGAAAAAGCACCUCCCUUGCAAGUGCAUUUGCUCGAUGCCUUUCUUUUGCUCUUGGUUCUCGCUGGGAAGCAAUAGCAGCCCCUGGUCAUUAUACCAUCCUUAAAAUCACUAAAAACAAUGAACAACUCACAGUCAGUUGGUUUGAUAACUCAUUGGGAUCAAAAACCCGCUGUGAUCGAACAGGAAUAGAGAGAACUUGGUCAAAAAUGGUGUCAAAUCAACUUAACCCAUCGUUAGAAAUCCAACGUUCAAGGCCAAAGUCAAGUUUUGCUAAAAAGUUUUUACCAGAAUUUACUCUUCGUUCUGUGAAGCUUACAUCUAUUGGACCAUGCUUGGCAUUGCCAGAAACAACCACACAAAGCACCACUGAGUCAACCACACCACCUACCAUCCCCCCACCACCACCUUCACCACCAAAAACUAAAUCAACAACAAGAAAACCAACAACAACAACAAGAAUGCCAUCACCACCUCCCAUCACAAUGAUGCCCAAACUUACAACAACAACAACAAUUCGGACGUCUAAACAACCAGUUGAUUCAACAACCAAAACAACAACAACAACAUUAUUACACCAACCAGAAUCUUUUCUUCCAACAACAAUAAAAUCAACAACAACAUCUAAACGAUUCCCAGUGGUACCUCAGGUCGUUGACCCUGACUUUACCUUUGAGAUAUCAUGCCACAUUGGGGUUAUCUGCGAGCAGGACAUCCCAGAUACUCUGUAUUCCUCUCAGAUCAGCCAAGGUGAUCUUCGGUAUAGGUUAGUGCCUUGGGGUGAUGGCACACCACAAUGGGUAGCUGUUGACACCAAUAAAAAUACAAUAGUUGCUUUGCCAACACUGACUGAUAUAAGAACACUAGACCAGUUUAAAAGUGGUGAAGUCACAUGGAAAGGGGGUCUGGUAGCAAUUGAUCAAUCUGGUCGUCCGUCAGACAGAGUUCCAGUUAACAUUAAGAUCACCAUACCUUCAGCUACAACACUUGAUGAAAAUCUUGCUGUCACUCAUCUGUUUGUGAUGAAAAUCACCAAUUAUCAACUGGAGAAUUUUACUGCAGUGGAAUCUGGUCGAUUACUUGAUGCUCUCAGCAAGUUGUAUAGAAAUCCAAAUACAGACAUGUUGUACGUUCAUCCACUACAAUCAGGCUCCGUCAUGUUUUCAUGGCACAACACCUCCCUAACCNNNNAAGGCCACUGCCCUUACAUAGAAAUAGCAAAGCUNNGAUCGGAACUAUUUGACAGCGGCAAAUUAAAGACAAGUGUUCAGAAUAAAUUGCUAGCAGCCGGUUUUAACAUUGGUUCCCUAAAGUUGGAAAGAAAAAAUGCUUGUCUAAAUGUUAAGGAAGCUGGAAUUCCUCCUGCCAGUACAACCAAAGCAACUACCACAACAGCAAAUCCUGCAGAUGGUGGUGACUCUUUACAAACUGCUGGCGGAGACGGCGUUACCAGCAUUGUGAUUAUAGCGGUGGUGUUAGUUUGCCUGCUUGUAUUAGUUGCUAUACUUGUAAUAAAGUUCAGGUUAAGCAACAAAGCAAAGCAGAAGAGGAAAGAAAAGAAGAGACUUCAAUCUGCAGCUGCAACGGCUGCUAUAAUACCACCUAGUUCACCUUACCACCUUGAUGAUAAAAAGAACCACAAUGGUUCGAAUGCAGACACACGACUACUGUUUAAACCGGGGACCCCGAUCGUAUUCGAGGGUGAGGAAGAAAAUGGGGUCCAUGGGAAUUCCCCUCUUUUGCAUAGACAAACAAGUACUUUUACCCACUCAGCACCCAACACAUCUCCAGUCACUAAUGGGGGUCAGGGAGUAAUAACUGAAUCUACGCCAUUAACACCAAGCAAAGGGGUGGACCAGUCGCGCCCCCCACCACCACCUUAUGUGCGAAAAUAAACCCAAUUCCUUUCGCAGCCACAAUGCUUCACAAUUUACCCAUUCACUGUACCUGUAUCUAAUCUCGCACCUUUGUUGAUGAAUUUUAAUUUUUCAUAGGUUAUAAUUUAUGCCACAACGAAUCAUGGCCACGCAAGAGUUUCUUUUCACGCCGCUUCAACUUCAUUAUCGUGGCCACUGAUGCCAAAACUUGGCAAUUAAAACAUGUUUAAACUAAAAGGGCAAACAAACUGCAUAAAGAAGGUGUCAUUUUUACAAAAGAUGUUCUGUUGUUUUAGCACCUAAUCCCAUAUUAAAUAUUCUAUCCACAUUUUCUUUCUAAAGUUAUGUAUUCGUUCUACCAUUGGUUCGGUACAUUUGACUUGCCUUUAAAAUAUCCUUUGCGGCCAGUUAUUAAUUUGUUUUUUUUCAUUUUUUUCGGCCAAGUUGUCGCAAUUAUAUUACCCAUGUUAUAAAUAAACACGUACUUUCUCUUGCAUCG